GUUCAUUCAGGAGGCGCUGUAAGUCUUAACAAUGUAUAUUUCAUGCAUCAAUGAAUACCCUCGAUAUAAACUGACUUUUUAUUUCGGUGGGGAUACCAGUGUAGUUGUUAUAAGGCCUUUAAAACAAAAUGGUGACUGCUAAAAGAUGGGUGUUAGUGAAACAGUUCGUGGGAAAACCAAAGGAGAGCGACUUUUGUCUGGAAGAGGAAACGUUACCAGACGAGGUCAAUGAUGGAGAAGUGCUCUGCGAAGCGAUAUACCUGUCUGUGGAUCCGUAUGUGAGGUUCCUGAGUAGUGUGAUGAUGAAGCCAGGAGACACUCUGGUAGGGGAACAGAUCGCCAGGGUUAUCAACAGUAAAAACCCCAAGUACGAAGUCGGUGACGUCAUCCGUCUAUCCUCCGGCUGGCGGACACACACUCUCGUCACGGACAUGUCACAGAUCGAUGUCAUGCCUGUGUUGGGGGAUCUCCCUGUAUCCUUGCCCCUUGGGGCUGCGGGUGUCACCGGACUGACUGCGUUGUUCGGUUUGAAUGACAAACUGAAACCGGUGGAGGGGGAGACGGUGCUUGUGAACUCAGCUGCUGGAGCCGUGGGGAGUGUGGUCGGACAAAUCGCUAAAAUGAAAGGAUGUACUGUGAUCGGAUUUGCUGGGACUGACGAUAAGGUCCAAUGGCUGACGGAGCUAGGAUUUGACCACGCCUUUAAUUACAAGAAAGUCGAUGUAGACGAGGCUCUCUCUAUGGCAGCGCCCAAUGGUGUCCAUUGUUACUUUGACAACGUUGGCGGAUAUUUAAGUACACAGACACUCCCACACAUACACAGGAAUGGACGCGUGUUAAUUGUAGGCAGUAUUUCAACGUACAACGAUAUUGGGAAAUCUACUGGACCUUAUCCAUUUGAAGAUAUCCUUAAAAAGUGUAUGACUGUUAAUGGGUUUUCCAUCUACGACAUGUACCCAAAAUGGCGAGAUGGGGAGGCUCAGUUAGUCGACUGGAUACAACAGGGAAAACUUCAACAUCGCGAAACAAUAACGGAGGGGUUCGAUCUCAUGCCAAAUGCUUUUAUGGGGCUGUUUGAGGGAACCUGUACUGGAAAAGCUCUUGUCAAAGCAUAACAUCUAACAAUCAAAAUUACAAGUUUCUUAACAGUAUAACGUACAGUUGUUGAUACAUUCUUCACACAUUUGAAUGCAUUAUAUUUUUACUUAUCAUUUCUCGCAAUCCCAUUGUUUCAUUCUGAUACACAUGAUCGUUUUGCAACAAUUUAAGCAACCCAAUUUUCUGGUAUAUAUACAUUUUGUAUAAAUAGAUGUUGUAUUUGGAAAGCGCUUUCAUCUUUACAAUAAAUUAUAAUUUUGUGGGAAAUAAAAAAAAUGAGAUAAAUGCUUUCUUUAUGCUUGCUUUUUCGUUUAUGUUUUUUAUGCAACACCAAAAAAUCAUUUUAUCCACAUGUUGUUCGAAAUUAUUGGAGCUUUAUUAGAUAUGAAAUGGAAAAUGCAUGACCUUGAAUAGCCAAUAAAAUUAUAUAAUUUAUCUUGGUUGUGCCACACGUUCAGCCCAACAUAAGUAUGUGAAGUACGAAGUUUAUAAUUCGGAAACAUUCCCGAUAACAAACACCAAAUCCCCAGUACAUACCAGCGAUUCUACCCACGAACCCCUUCAUUCAAAACUGUUGUUUGUUUGGUGGAAUCGUGCUAAUGUUAUGUUAUUAACUCCUCUACUGUACGUAGGGAUGGGUUUAUAUCAUGUCUUCGAGUAAUUUGUGCUAUGGACGUUUAAAAAAAACAAUAAAAAAUGAUGAAAAAUGAACGAAUAAAGAAAGAAAUUAAUAAAUUGUCAAACAGCAAAUACAGGUACAAUGGAUAGUUAACUACAUUUAAAACUUUUUUAUAUAGAAAACAUGGUCCUGAACAUCACGUCUUUAGCUUUCAACAACAAUGACCAUAUUUUACUUCUGACAUUCUCCUUUCAAGUGAAGAGUCUACGUUUUCACCAAUCUCUAUGGUUUAUCAAUAGUAAAAGAACUGGCCACGAUUCAGUCCUCUUCAAUCAGUAGUUUGAAAAAGGUGUUAAUCUUAUUUAUGACUUAUUAUGAAAUAUU